AUGGCGAACAAGAGAACAAAAGAAGAGUGGUGGCGUGAUAACAAGGAUCAUGUGAGUGAUAAUGGCAAAAGAGCUGUGGCAGAAGCCAAGAUAUACCUCUUCAUGCGUAGGCUCGUUCCCAGCCCUCUCCGUAAGUGCAUCUUUACCAAAAUGUUUCCAUUUUUGGAUGCUACCUACUGGAGAGGCUGGGAACGAGCCUACAUGCGCUCACUUGUUUGGCUCUUUGUGCUUCCUGCUCACUCCAUAUUUCAGCUCGCAUCGCCCAUCCAGAUGUCAUUUGCUUGCAUGCUCACUGGUUCGCUUGACAGAUGA